UCCAUUCAUUCAUUACAUAUCACCUUAACUUAGACUCAGAGAGUCCAUUCCAUUCUAUCUCUUUAUCUUGAGGAACUCUCAAGAAACCAAGAGAAGAACAAAGAAAAAACAGAAAAGAAAAAUGGCAGUUAGCACAGUAUACAUAAUACAAUCCUUGAAUUCAACUUGCUCAAUCUCAACAUCAACAAAAACCAACUUAGAAUUUCAUCAAAAACAAGUUAUUUUCUACACAACAAGUACCAAAAAGUACUCUACCAAAAAAUUCAACACAUUUAUAACAUGCUCAACAUCUGAUGAAACCAAGACUGUAGUCAUUGGUUUAGCAGCAGAUUCUGGCUGUGGUAAAAGUACAUUUAUGAGGAGAUUAACAAGUGUUUUUGGUGGAGCAGCUGAGCCACCAAAAGGUGGAAAUCCAGAUUCAAACACAUUAAUUUCUGAUAUGACAACUGUGAUUUGUUUAGAUGAUUAUCAUUCACUUGAUAGAACUGGUAGAAAAGAGAAAUGUGUCACUGCUCUUGAUCCUAAAGCUAAUGAUUUUGAUCUUAUGUAUGAACAAGUUAAGGCUUUAAAGAGUGGAAUUGCAGUGGAAAAACCUAUUUAUAAUCAUGUUAGUGGUCUUCUUGAUCCUCCAGAGCUCAUUAAACCACCAAAGAUUCUUGUCAUUGAAGGAUUGCACCCCAUGUUUGACGUACGAGUGAGAGAGCUGUUGGACUUCAGUAUUUAUUUGGACAUCAGCAAUGAGGUUAAGUUUGCUUGGAAAAUUCAGAGGGAUAUGGCUGAGAGAGGACACAGUCUUGAAAGCAUUAAGGCUAGUAUUGAAGCAAGAAAGCCAGAUUUUGAUGCUUACAUUGAUCCACAAAAACAAUAUGCAGAUGCAGUUAUUGAAGUACUCCCAACUCAGUUAAUUCCUGAUGAUAAUGAAGGCAAAGUUUUGAGAGUUAGACUAAUAAUGAAAGAAGGAGUGAAGUAUUUUAAUCCAGUUUGUUUAUUUGAUGAAGGCUCUACUAUUUCAUGGAUUCCAUGUGGUAGGAAAUUGACUUGUUCUUACCCUGGCAUCAAGUUUUCCUAUGGUCCUGAUACCUACUUUGGCAAUGAGGUAUCUGUCUUGGAAAUGGAUGGCCAAUUUGACAGACUAGAUGAACUCAUCUAUGUAGAAAGUCAUUUGAGCAGUCUAUCCACUAAGUUCUAUGGUGAAGUUACUCAACAAAUGUUGAAACAUGCUGAUUUCCCUGGCAGCAACAACGGCACAGGUUUUUUCCAGACAAUCGUCGGAUUAAAGAUCAGAGACCUUUACGAGCAAAUCGUUGCUAGCAAAGCUUCAGCUCCAGUAGCUGCAAAGGCCUAUAAUUCGUCGACAAAUAUUCACAACUAGGCAUCAAAGUAUAUCAAUUUAUCCCUUGGUUGUUUAGAGCUUGAUCUUUCAAUAAUUUAUUUCAACUACUUUUACCAUCUUUCAUGUUUUCAAGUUUCAUGGUUAGAUGAUUUCUUAUAAAAUGAGAGUAUGCUCCAUUGUGCAUUUUGUUUCUA